GGCUGGAUCAGCCCUGCUUAGCUCAAUGAAAACCUCUUGACUACUUCUGCCAAGGUAGACCAGAACUGACGCUGGCACCGAGGAGGUUAAGGCAUGAUGUUUGCCACAGCCUGUGGAUCUGGGCUUGUUCAGCGACUAGACUUCUCAUGUGUUGAGGAUGAUAAUGCCGAAGACUUCCAAAGCCCUCAAAAAUGUAACCGCCAACAGACAUGGAGGACUAGCAAUAACACUUACCCCAUUACACCACAGCGUAAUGAAAGAGGCCACUCACCAGCCUUGGAAGAAAACCUCGAGCUCAGUCCUUAUAGUGAUUACUCCCCAACACAGGAAGAAUGCCCAGGGAGCCCAUUGCACUACAAUGCAAUGAAAAAACUGAAACUGUGUGACACUCCAUACACUCCAAAAAGUCUAAUGUACAAAGCCUUCCCCUCGCCUGGGACCAGAGUACCCUGUAGAGGUCAGAGGCUCUUGCGCUUUGCAGCUGGGACUGGUGCUGACUUUGAUGACCCUGCUCUGGUUAAUAUUAACCCCUUCACCCCUGAUACAUACCGCCAAAUGCAGUUGCUGCCAAAUGGCAAAAGGAAGGAUAGAGAUGACUCGUGCAGAUCUGAACCUGCAAAAUAUGGGGAGAGGGAACAUCCUGGACUUCAGUCUAAGAGGUUUGUGCUGCGAGAGACCAACAUGGUCUCUCGCUACAAGACUGAGUUCCUGGAGAUAGAGAAAAUUGGGGAUGGAGAGUUUGGAUCUGUGUACAAGUGUGUGAAGCGUCUAGAUGGAUGUCUAUAUGCCAUUAAACGUUCCAAGAAGCCACUGGCUGGUUCCACAGAUGAGCAGUUGGCCCUGAAGGAAGUUUAUGCCCAUGCUGUACUUGGCCACCACCCUCACGUGGUACGAUACUACUCCGCCUGGGCUGAGGAUGAUCACAUGCUUAUUCAGAAUGAGUAUUGUAAUGGUGGCAGCUUGCAGGAUCUCCUCACACAGAACAAGAAAAGGGGAAUCCUCAUAUUGGAGCAAGAGCUGAAAGAAAUUCUCCUACAGGUUUCCAUGGGACUAAAAUAUAUCCACAGCACUGGUCUGGUGCAUUUGGACAUUAAGCCAAGUAAUAUUUUUAUCUGUCGGAAGAUUGCUGGGAAUGAAGAGGAUGAAAGUGAUGGAGAAGAUGAUACUUCUACUGCCAGUCUUCUGUACAAGAUUGGUGAUCUUGGCCAUGUGACCUCUGCCACCAACCCACACGUUGAAGAAGGUGACAGUCGCUUCCUGGCCAAUGAGAUUCUUCAGGAGGAUUACAGUCAUCUGCCCAAGGCUGAUAUCUUUGCUCUUGGCCUUACGAUAGCUGUGGCAGCUGGAGCAGGCCCUCUCCCUUGCAAUGAUGAAAAUUGGCAUCAUAUCCGGAGGGGCAGCAUCCCAGAAAUUCCCCAGCAGCUCACCUCUGCUUUCCAUGACCUAAUUAAGGUAUUGAUCCAUCCAGACCCCAUUGUGAGACCCCCAGCUGCUGCUCUUGCAAAGAACCCAGUUUUGAGACGAUCUGUUGGGAAGGCAGCUCAACUCCAGAAACAGCUUAAUGUGGAGAAGUUCAAGACUGCCAUGCUUGAGAGGGAACUGAAAGCGGCAAAGUUAGCCCACAAUUCUGGAAAGGAUGUCUGCUCUGAUCUCCCCUCAAAGCAGGACUUGAUCUGCUCGGGCAGAAAGCGCCUUGUAGGUGGUAAAAAUUCACGCUCCCUGAGCUUUACCUGUGGGGGCUGUUAGUCAUUUGGAGACUUCAUCUGGCUCAGAAUGAAUCUGUUACCCAUCUUUAGCCCUAUUGACAUGAUCAAUGUCCCAUAUGAACAAUUCCUGUCUUUCCUCUUACUACUUGGCUUCAUAUGAUCACAAGGCAAGGAGGGCUAGCCUUUGCAUUGUAGCUGCUUACAAACUAGAAGCAGGACUUCAUAGGAAAAGAUGCUCAGACCUCUGCAAUGCAAGGAAUAACUACCACUGCCUUGGGGGUAGAACAAUUAUUUUGUAAAUAGUCUUGUGUAUCCCUCUCCCCAUAUUCUGUAACAAUAACAUGGUGCUGGAUCCUAUUCCUGGCAAAAGCAAUUACCUGGCUAACUAGAUCUCGACAAAACAAACUCCUGGUACAUAUGUAACUCCAGAAUCUGAGCGAAAGGAUCUAUACAUCUAGUCUUCAUAAAAUGUUCUGGCUGUUUCAAGCUUUUAUUAAUUGUACAUUUAAAAUGAAAAUG